AAAUUCCAACAAUUGCAAGUUGAGAGCAUGUUUGGAAAUUGAACCACUGUUUUAACUACACAGCUGAGUGAAGAUGUGGAGCGGGUAUCUGAAAAUCCAACAGAGGAAAGAGAAGAAGAUAUGGAAGUUCAUGAAGAUUCCAGCUCUGUUAUUUUACCAGAUGGUGAACUGGGUACCACUACCCCUUCUUUGCGUUUCAGCAAGACCUGCCUGAAGAAUGUUUUUUCAGUAAUUCUCCUGUUUAUUUAUCUGCUGCUCAUGGCUGUAGCUGUGUUCCUUGUCUACCAAACCAUCAGUGACUUCAGGGAGAAGCUCAAGCACCCAGUGAUGUCUGUCACUUACAAGGAAGUGUCCUUUUAUGAUGCACCUGGUAUUGCCUUUUACCCAGGCAGGGCUCGGCUGCUCAGCUGCAAACAUCAUUACUACGAUCACAUUCCACCUCUGAUAAAUCCAGGUCAGCCAGGAGACAUUGAAUGCACCACUCAGAGGAUCAACUACACAGAUCCUUUUACUAAUCAAACUAUGAAGUAUGCUUUGGUUGUUCAAGGCCCUCGUGAUGUGAAGAAAAGGGAACUGGUGUUUUUGCAGUUCCAUUUAAAUGAAACAGACCAAGAUUUUAGUGCCAUUGAUUACCUGCUGUUUUCAUCUUUCCAAGAGUUUGUCAGAAGUCCAGAAAAAGCAAAAUUCAUGAAGGACUGUGAAAGUUCAUACUCCAGCUGGAAGUUUUCUGCAGGCUUCCGAACUUGGGUCAAGAUGUCCUUGGUCAAGACAAAAGAAGAAGAUGGUAGUGAGACUGUUGAAUUCAAACAAGAGACCAGUGUGGUUAACUACAUUGACCAGAGAACUAAACCAAGGAGUGACCAGCUGUUCUUUGUGGUGUUUGAAUGGAAAGAUCCUUUCAUACAGACAGUUCAGGACAUUAUCACAGCAAAUCCCUGGAACAUGAUUGCUCUUCUUUGUGGUAUCUUUCUGGCCCUGUUUAAGGCAGCAGACUUUGCUAAGUUAAGUGUUAAGUGGAUGAUCAAAAUCCGGAGAAGGCAUCUGAAGAGGACUCGUCAAGUAACGAACCACAUAAGCUGAGACUAAGAUUGCAUUUUAACUGUUCAUAGCAGGAGGGAUAGAAAAUAACUGGAAUAAACUGCAAUCAGCAAUUAAAGCUGAAAAACAGGUAUGUUUUCUUCCAGAGAGAUGCUGGCUGGAGAAACCACCUAGUGAACUGGCCUUGGAACAGCAGAAGGAGCUAACUCUAGGACAAGUCUAACAAACUCACGCUUUUGUAGUCCAAGUUUAACAAGUUUACCUCAAUGUAUGGAGGAAUCAGGGGGAAAGGAGGGAAUUCACUAAUGUUCAGAAAGUCAUCACUGUUGUAAAUUGUGAAAAAGUGGACAGUGUUUGAAUGUUUCUUCAACAGACCCUUUAGUUUCUGCAUCAGCUGUGAGCUGCUCCCAUAGCACAGUCACUGCCUUGAUGGUGCUUAGUGGAAGGUAAAGUACUCUGGAAACAUCCUGGCCUUUCUUCUCCAAAGUAUGUUUUAAAACAAAAUACACUGGAAUUCUAUUACAUGUCAUCUUUAAAUCAAAACACAAUGACUUUAAUAUUAAAAUAUACUUCAAAUAA